UAUUGAAAUAAAAUGGAUUCACUACAAGAGAGUAGAAUAAAACUUGCUGCUAAACUAAACAGAAAAAGGCAUAAGUAUAUCAAAUACUUGAGCAAGAAUCUUAAUUCAAGAAAGUCAGCUAAAGUUUGAAAAAGAGAAGAAGAUAAAUCUCAAAAAGAACAAAGAGACCAAAGCAAUCCUCAAUGUUCUUAUCUUCAAGAAAAUAUCGAUACAAAUCCAAAUAUUCUAAAAUCUACCACCAUACAUAGGUCUCAAGAGAAAUACUCUAAAACUCCUUCUAAAAGGCAUCGAAAGAGUAGUGAUAAAAUACAAAUUACUAAUACAUCUCUAUCCUGCUCAGGGAUGAUCAGAAGCAAACUCAGAUCUUGAAAAUAACCAGUCUACUCCAGUCCAAGAAAUGAUUAGUGCACAGUUUGGAUACUCAGCUAAGAAAACUCUCAAUGACAGUAUUAAGAGGUUGAAUAACUUGACUAAAAGUUUCACAUCCUCAAAAGGGGAUAGUAGAAAUUAAAAAGAGCAAUUUAGAUCUAAAUUAUUACAUCACUAAUCGAAAAUAUAAAUAUAUGAAAAAGAAGGAUUUUAAUAACCCUUCAGUUGAUGAAAUUAAAUUCAGAAAUAAUAAGAUCAAGAAAAUUAGAGAUAGAAAUAUAGCCAAUUUCUUGAAAACAUACCAAAGCAGAAACAGAAAAAUAAAGAGUAGUUCCAAAAAAAUUAAUGAAACUAAGAUUUAUUAUCCAAAAUCUUCACGAAAUCUCCGAUCAUUCCAUAAACAAAUUUCAACUGCCUCAAACCAAGAUCUUAUAGGGACUCCAAAAUCAAAAUUUUCUCAAAACAAUCCUUCCCAACCCAAACAUCCCCACUCAAGCUUUUUUAUACCUCCACUUCUCCCCCACUCGGAUAUCAAGAGCAAAAGCCUCACUUCCUUCUGCUCUCAAUCCCACUCCACCACAGACUACCUCAAACUGUCCUCCCGCCACUGUACUCCCUUAUUCCACCUCAACCUAACCACUCCCUCCUCCAAACCCACAGUCCAAACCCCCCAUUCCCAAAGAGGUAGAAGUUUCAAACAGGAAGAGCAGAGGGUGAAGGUUAGGAACAGUAAGGAGGUGGGAUUUAAGGGAGUGGAGAAUGAGAUGCAGGGUAGUAGGAAGAGGAGGGGUUGGUGAAGUUCCUUUGGGGUUGUAGUCGAGGAGAUUAUUUAAGGUUUUUAAGAGUUUUUGAAGGAAAUUUUGGGGAGGAGGGGUGU